AUGAAUGAUGAAAUGUGCGCAAAGGAAGAUUUGCCAAAGGCGGAAAAGCUAAAAAGAAAAGGCGAAGGAGAAAAUGCGGACCUGAACGAUGAUGGGGAAAAUUUUUCAAAUGAGGGAAAUCUGCCCUAUUCGAAUUAUUACGAGCAGGGGAAUGACGACGAGGAGGAGGAAGAGGAGGAUGAUGAGGAGGAGGACGAUGACCAUGCACCAUACAAUUUGACAACUCCUAUGAGUCGAACCAUAAGAACAGAUUCUGUGCUCAGUGAAGGAGGUGUGUACCAUAGAACGUUUAAUAACGGCUAUGCAUAUGUAGAAGAUUUAACUAACCUAAAUGACAAUGCAGGAGGAGGCAUCUAUGAAAAGAGUACCCGUGUUGGUGAGACGGGGAACAACGACGGAACAGACUUCAGCUCCAACCUAAACGAAUCGUUAAUGAAACUGUUUAGCAUGAAGUGUAAUAUGCAAGAGGGGAAAGCGAAAGAUAGAGAGAUCAGCUCGUAUAAGAAAAUUUUAAAAAAUAAUUCGAAUGCAGAUUUGAGCGAACCUGUUACGAUAGAUGUGGAGAGCACCAGUGGGCAAAAUGGCAUAAGCCAAGUGCCCACAGAUGAGCUCCUCCAUCAGGACAAACAGAAGCACUGCAAUGAGAUGGGUAGCGACGAUUUUGCUAAAGGGUACAACGAACCGAAUAGUGCUUACCAAGAGAGAGAAAACAGCGGGGUAACCCACUUUGUGGAGCAUAAAAAAACGUACGAAGGUGGCAACACUCAUUUUGAAGACCCUCUGAGGGAAAAGAGAACAAAUCUUCCAAAACACACAAUGGGGGGCGCACCCAGUUGUGUUGAAUACGACUCGGGGGAUGGUAAAGGAGAAAGUCUUUACUGCGUAGAUAACGGGAAUGGAUCCGGUGACUCCAAUGAAUCAGUAGAAGAGACAGAACUUAUGGUCAACGAGGAAGAGCAAUACUUCAGCAGCGACAUUGCGAAGAGAAUUCUAAACAACAUGGAGCUGGUCCGCACGCUCAAUAGGGAGAAGCACUCUGGUGAGGGCGAUGAUGACGAAGGGGAGGAAUUCAAAAUGGGGCUCCUCAGCAAGUACAGCAGUGUUAAUUAUGUAAAGAAUGUAAUUCACGAUUUGGGUAAACUGCGUGGAGAGGAUCUGAGUGGGGAGAAUGGCAGCCGGGUUGAGAGAAACAUGGGCAUAAACUUCGGCGUCAACAUGGGAGGGGCUGCAGAAUGUUCUGAGACACACACCAGCCAUGAUGAAAACUACAAGAAGGUGAUAAGCAUAGAUAUGAAUAGUGCUAACGAUUCGCGCAGUAUGCUCAUUCCUAGUGGUGCAAAGUUGAACACUCUUCCAAACAAACGAGGAAAUAAGAAGCAGACCAUACUGACGAAGAGCAAGGAAAGCAUCAUUGUGGGGGAUGAUGAAGAGGAGGGGGAUUACUCAAAGGGGGGGAUGUACAUCAUACAUGAAAGUAACUCCCCAAAGGAGGCACCAAACAGUAAUAAAAUAAGCCCAUCAGAUCGCAUCCAGAGUGGCAACCAAGUGUCAGGCUCUAGUACCUCUAAAGAAGCCAAUCUGCAGAAGCAUGUCGAAUGCAUAAUGAAAGGGAGCCCAUCCAUGAAUAACUACGACUACUGCAGUUAUGGGGUUAACAGUACAGGCAACCCCAUCGAGAUGAUAAAAUCGCAACAGAAGUAUUCUAGUGGGGCAGGAGAGCAUAAAUACCAAGUGGGUCAUCACAACAAUAGCGGUAGCAACUUCAGCAGCAGUAACGCCGCCUACCUCCAAAGUGGAAACAAAAUGGGGAAGAGUAAAAACGAGUCUAACGGGAACAAUGACACCUAUCAGGAUGAUGAGUACCUCGAGAGGGAGAGCAACUUCAUGGGUGCUGGCCACACCGAAGAACAAGCAGCGGCUUUCUCCAAUUAUAACAUCGGCAUUGGGAAGAAAACCAAUAAGAGUCGAGACAAUUCCCCCAAUGUGUUCUCCGUCAACAGCGCAAUCGCCAACUUGUGUGGGCUCCUACAAGGCAGCAAUAAGAAAAAUCAUGACAGAAAAACGGGGGCCAAGUUGGUUAAUAUAAGGCAUGAGGGGCGGGGAGUCGGCCACAACCAGGGUGGCAACAUGCAAAGUGGCAACCACCAACCCGGCAACAACUACCACGCAGUGUACGCGAAGGAGGGGGUUGACCCCAGACGAGCAAACGAAGCGGUCCAAUACAACUGCGAAGAGAAGUAUGGCCAGGAAGUACCCCCCAAAGGAAACUACCGCGGUAUGUUUUCAUCCCUCAUUAGAAGCGCCAAGGGAGAAAAAUACAGCUACUUGAAGCAGCCCAACGAAUGUUCCAACCCUGCCAAUGUAAGCUCAGAUGUGCAUGUUAAAACGAAUGGUGAGGAUGGAGGAAGCUACCAGAAGAGAAGGAACGGGUCGGCUAAUUUCGAAAUGAAGGACCCGCUCAGAUACCAAGGGGGCAAAUCUCAAAGGGAGGAACCGAUCGACGGCGGAAAUACCCGGGGGAAAAACACUUUUGACGAUUAUGACGAAAGAAGCGAUGUGGAGUACCCCGACCAGGAGAAGCAACACCGUCCCCAUGGUAAGGAGCAUCCAUCCCGCGAAUUUCGCCAACCUGGUCAAUCCGGUCCGUCGCGCCAAUCGCACCACGCUGAUGUGCUGAGAAACCCCCAUGCGGAGGCACCCCACAGUGGUGGCACGCGAAAUAAUGCCCCCACCCGGUACGCGCACGAACGGUACAGCCAUAACGGCGAAGAAGAAGUGGAGGAGGUGUACGAAGUGGAAGCGGAGGAAAAUUCUCACGUGGGAGACGACACGCAAGAGCUAAACGACGACGAAGAGAAAGAGGAACAAAAUUAUUGCAACAAAUGGAAUGAGCAAUUUACCAGCGCAAUGAAUGGUGUAAAAAGAAAACUAAAACAAGCUGCCAAUAAAGGGGACUAUUUGAAGAGUGGCUCCCCCUCUGCACCCACGAAAGACAUAAGCGAUGUAGAGCUCGAGAUGGAGAGUUUCACGAAGAACAAAAAUAAUUUCUACAUGAAUCAUUAUGAAGAAAUAAGCAAGGCCCUUUUUAACAUAAAAAAUAACUCCAAAAUGGAUGAGCUGACGAAGAAGAAGCUACUGAAUACGAUAGAGAACUCCCUCUUUGCAGAAAAGAAUGGCAGCAUGCGGUUGUUGCAUGAAGAGGAGGUGGAUGCCGUGCAGGACGAGUUGCACCAGGUGGACUACGUGGAGGUGCUGGCGGCUCAGCAGGGGGGUGUAAAAGGUGGAUCGAAGUGCGGCUCCAAGAGUGGCUCCAAAUGCGGUUCAAAGUGCGGCUCCAAAUGCAGCUCAAGAAGUGGGGCAAAGGUGGGAACGAGAAAUAGCGCCAAGGGUGUUCCGAAUAGCCUCCCGAGGAAUGGCGCGAGAAUCGUCCAGCAGAGUGACCACCACGAACGGCUGGGCCACUUCAACCAGGGCGAAACUUUCAGAAGGAGCAGAAAGAGCGAUUUAAAAGUUCCGCACAACUCCUACACCAUCGACCAAAUGAGAAGCGGCAAUUCGAACGAGUGCUUCGACGCGAGUUCUGCCUCUGCAAUGCAACACAUGAUGGGCGCCCACCAGGAACUCAAUUUGGAACUCAAUUUGGGGGGCAACCCUGCUUACACCUAUGACGAGAGUAAGGCGCACUUGUACCAAAUGGAUGGAAAGGAGGACACGAGAAAUUUCGUCACAAAGGAGAGAAGAAACAAAAGAUCUAGAAGAAGCAUUAACAUUGCGGACGAAAGGGGCAGAGAAGGCGAAGCGUUGCAAGAAGCGUUGCAGUUGGGGGGUGAAGGUCCCAGCGAAAAGUAUGAGACAUACGAGGGGACCAGAAAUAGAAUGAAUAGCGUCGAUAACGGUAGCGCUGUUAGCAGCGGAAACAGCAGCGCUGUUAGUAGUGGCAAGCAGGAAGCAAAUUACGUGGACGAGCUGAACAGCAACAGUAUUGGCAGCGUUACGCAUAACACUUUGUCGCAGGAGGGCGUGUCGAGGGGACCCUUAAGUGGUGGUACCCUGAAGAGGGGAAAACGACCCAUCAACUAUAAGGAGGAGCACAAUGGCCACGACGAAGUGAAGAAAGUAGCCACGAGAAAGGGCGAUCUAGCCAAAGAGAUGGAGAAGUACGGAAGGGAGGUAAUCGAAAGCGUGGAUGGGCGCCUCUUCCUCUAUAGCAAUGUUGGCAGGGGUACCAGCCUCGGAAGCGGAUACGAUGUAGGUGGAGAGACGAACGGGAAUAGUGAAGAUUUCUCGAGCGGAAAGUUUCACCCUGAGGGGAAGAAGCAGUCUGCACAGUACGCCAACAUGAAGGAUGAGCAACACCACUCGGUGGAAGCGAACAAGUGUGUGUACCCAAAAAAAAGAAUAGACAAUCACGAGGAGGAAGACCUCAGUCUAAUUAGCGUACGAAACGAAUAUGACGAGGGUAGAGAAAUGGCAAGUAAUUUAAACAAAUUCGAAUCGGAUGAUAUAUUUAUUACAAAGCAUAAUUUGACAAAUGAGGAGAAGAAGCAGAAGAUGUUCCUAGCCGAUCUGAUGCGAAGCAAUGAGUUGAAGCAAAUCAACGAGUUGAAGCAAAUCAACGAGUUGAAGCAAAUCAACGAGUUCAAGCAAAUCAACGAGUUGAAGCAAAUCAACGAGUUGAAGCAAAUCAACGACAGCUACUUUAAGUUGAAUUCGAAUUUUCCGAGUAACCUACUCAGUACCAGUACGAGCAGCAGCUAUAGCAAUGAUAACCUCAAGGGAAGCACCAACAAUUACAGUUUUAAUGAUCUCUCUUCCAACACGUUGACCAGCAAAUUUCACUUAGAGGACAGCAUGCCAAGUAGCCUCAAUAUGAGUUCCCAAAUGUACAGAAAUAACUACAGCUCAUUUGAGAAGAAGAAAAAAAAAACUGACAAGAGAAAUUUAGACAGCUUAUAUAACAACACUCCGACGACGUAUGCCACCUGCGUGAAUGACUUCAGCAGCAUGAAGAUGAAUCUGGUCGACCAUGAUAUUAGCAAUGAUGAAAUUGUGAACCAGAAGGGUAAGAAUCAUAUGCUAAAUGUGAAGGGGCAGACUGAGGCGGAGGGGGGGAAAGCCCUUCAGAACGAUGCCAUCAACGUGGACUACCUCACAAAGGAGGUAAUUAAAGGGAAUAAAAAUAUUAUUAACUUGAAUAAAAAAAUGGGAGAAAAUAAAUCGCAGGGGGAGAAGAACGAGUUGCUGGUCGUUCCCGAGGGGACUCCCUUCAGCGACGCGAUUAGCAGCAAUUCGAAUUUGCCAUACCAGUUGGUUCUCGGCGGUUUCGAUGGAAGCGGCGCGAAUAAUGCAAGCGGUGCUAGCGGUGCGAAUCGCACCAAUCGUGCGAACAACAGCGGUGGCAACGGUGGCAAGGGUAGCGCCCCCUGGGAAGGCAGAAACAACGAGCAGGGGGAGGGCGCUGCCAAGGAGUAUGCAGACAGAGUUAGCGAAAAUGAACCCGCUAUCGCCAACAACGCACAGUUUGAUGAACGGAUCCUAUUCAAAAGCAAAAGCCACAGCGAUAAUGGGAAAUUCCUGAGCUUCUUCCUGAAGAGGAAAAUGUCCUCCUCCCUUUCGGACCAUAAAGGAGCCGACGUGACUCAGCAGAUCCCACACAAGAUGCUCCACCCCAAUGAUGUGAAGAACGAAAAUGAAUUUCUGUUGAACAGAGCCAACAGUUUGAACCUAAAUUUGGGGAGACUAUCCCACGAAAUGGUGGGCUAUGAUAAUGUGCAAGACGAUCCCAAUGGCGUUAAUAGCAGCAAGAACCACCUGUACGAUGGCAUGAUCCGUGUUAAGGAUGAGCAGAUGUGCAACUCGAAUUUCUCCGAGCAGGUUAAACUGUCCGAGGGCUUUGGUCCGCAGCUGGGCAGCGCUGGCAUGGCGCCGAAGGGCAAGGAGGAGCAACUCGAAGGGGAGGCCGCUAACGGAGCAAUGAGCGAAGUGGUGAGCGGUAUGGUCAGCAGAACGGUUAGCGGCAUGGUUGGCGGCACGGUUGGCGGCACGGUUGGCGGCACGGUCAGCAGGACGGUCAGCGGGACGGUCAGCGGGACGGUCAGCGGGACGGUCAGCAGAACGGUCAGCAGAACGGUGAGCGGAUCGGCCACCGACCAGGCGGGCGGCUUGCCGAGUGAUGCAGCUAACGAGCCGUCGAACCCGACCGGGUCGAGCACGAAAAACGAAAUUGACAUAUCCAUCUGCACGCUGGCCAACUGCCCCACACACAACCCUCAAGGGUACACAAAAAAUGUUUCAAGAAAGGGAGACGCGCAAGGAAAGGGGGGAAUGGUGAAGGAGGAAAAUGAUGAGCUGAAGAGAAUCCCAGGGGUUUACUACGACAAAAAUUCGCAGAGAUGGUUUGGAGAGCACAAAAUAAACGGUGUUAAAUGUGCCCAAAGUUUUGCCGUAAAAAAACAUGGGUGUGAAGAAGCGAAGAGGUUGGCAAUCGAAUGGAAAAAGGCAAGAAUAAGGGGAGAAGUUUGGGAUAGAUUUAUAAAUAAAAAAAAAAAAACUAGUAACAAUCCCAACUGUGUGAAUAAGACAACGAAGACGAGUCGACCAUCUGUAGAAGAAUUACGAAUAAAGUACCUCUCCAUGAGCAAAAACAUGCCGAAGGUUAGAGGCGUGUGGUUCAAUUCGACUCCACAGAGAAUGGGAUGGGUAGGACAGGCAUACAAAAAAUGUAAGCGAAUUGAAAGAAUCUUCUCUGUUAAUAAAUACGGCUUUGAAGGCGCAAGAAAGCUAGCCAUUGCAUUUAGAAAUUCGCAAAAACCGUCAAAUGAAGACAGCGAUGAGGACAGCUGGUCUAAGGAUGACAAAAUGAACAUAAAAAAUGGGGAAGAAAAUUUAAAUAAUUAUGAAUAUAAAAAUGAAUACCCAGGAUCGAACGAACUGCCAAUUAAAAACAAAAACAGCAGCGGUAGUAGCAGCAAUGAGAUUAACCCGACGAAGGUUGAAACGAAAGACACCAGAAUUAAUCUGUGUAGAGAUGCUAUCCUGUUCAUUUUGCAUGACCUUGAAACUAUCCUCGAAUUAAACAUUCCUAUGCUGCAUAAAAAUGUGAAUAUUUACAAAAUUUGUAUAAAGCACCACUUAAAUUAUUUAACCCUCAUCAAAAGUGAGGAGCAAAUUAUUCCCUACCUCAACGUUUUUGGUGAUUACAUUCAGAGAUGCAUUUUGCCCACUGAUUUGCCCUACGCAGAACUGUACGUGCUCAUAGACUCCCUCAUCCAUAAUGACAUUUUGCCUUCCUUUGACCACAAGGAGAACUUCUCCGAGUACUCCAUGGCGGAGGACCCCGGGAUUAUUACGCCCUCCAUGCUGCUGUGA